GACGCGUUUUUCCUGCCGUGGUGCGGAGGGGAGGAGGGGGCGUGGAUCUGUCUCGCUCACUUUUGACAUUCUCGUGGCAGUGCGGGAUUCUCCAGACUACGCCGCCCCGUCAGCGACCGGAGGAGAAGCGAGGGAAGAUUAAGCUUGACGGAUGCGCCGCCGUUUGAUCCGUUGGGGGAACUCUUUGCAUCUGGACUACUUUCGGGGAAGCGCUGCAAGCCUGACUCUGGCACGGCACGCAGCUGCCGGUGGCGGAAUGUGAGAAACUCCCUUUGGCGCAUGGUCUUCUUGCACGGCGCGCAGAACUUCUCCUGCUUUCUGCGCGUCUGGAAAGCAGAGGAAGAGGCGGUGGUGGUGGCGGUGUUGGAGGAGGGGGAGGAGGAGGAGGGUCGGCCUGUAACGACUCGGUCCCUUGCCUAUGGACGACAUCGGUCCCCUCUCUCCAAAGGCAAAUGCGUUCAGUAUUGCCUCUCUGAUCUCGGCUGCAGAGCGAGCAGGAAACGCGGCGUUUGACAAACAGCGCACCGGUCUGGACAGCCAGAGUUACUGUAAAAUGCACUACAGCACUGUCACCCGGGAAAUGGAAGCCUUCACGACGAGCAGCCUGAGCAGCCUCAACACGCCGGGGGGCUACCACCUCUCCCCGUCCCCCGGGGACCCCUACAGCCAACAUGAGUCCCACUUCGAGCCCUGCCCGGCCGCGCAGCACAACUACAACUACCCGGGAUCCAACCCGGGCCAGAGCCAGGGCCAGCCGAGCGACAGCGGGACUCCCAACUGCUCCUCGUCGUCCUCCAACUCCACACCGAACAGCAAGAGUGUCGUGAAGAAAAACCCGAAGGUGGCCAACAUUAGCGUCCAGCUGGAGAUGAAGGCUUUGUGGGACGAGUUUAAUCAACUGGGCACGGAGAUGAUCGUUACCAAGGCUGGCAGGAGGAUGUUUCCAACAUUCCAAGUAAAAAUCUUCGGGAUGGAUCCCAUGGCAGACUACAUGCUCCUGAUGGACUUCCUGCCUGUAGACGACAAACGAUACAGGUAUGCUUUCCACAGCUCGUCGUGGCUGGUGGCGGGUAAAGCUGAUCCCGCCACGCCGGGGAGGGUGCAUUACCACCCGGACUCUCCAGCCAAGGGCGCUCAGUGGAUGAAGCAGAUCGUCUCCUUCGAUAAACUCAAGUUAACAAACAACCUGCUGGAUGAUAACGGACAUAUCAUCCUGAACUCCAUGCACCGCUACCAGCCCAGGUUCCACGUGGUUUACGUGGAUCCCCGCAAGGACAGCGAGAAAUACGCGGAGGAAAACUAUAAAACGUUUGUUUUUGAGGAGACCCGCUUCACAGCGGUCACCGCCUACCAGAACCACCGGAUCACGCAGCUGAAGAUAGCCAGCAAUCCGUUCGCAAAGGGCUUCAGAGACUGUGACCCAGAGGACUGGCCCAGGAAUCACAGGCCAGGCUCGCUGCCAAUAAUGAGCGCCUUCGCCAGAACAAGAAACCCAAUGUCAUCUCCCCCUCAGCACAACGGCACAGAAAAAGAAGACGCCAGACGGGAAUAUGAAGGAGACCCCAGCAGCACCCCAAUUCACGCAGACCCGGCUCACCAGCUGAUGUCCCGCGUCCUCAGCCCGGCUCUGCCGGUCCCGGGAGGCCUUCACGCCGUCCCGCUAACGAGCGGCCGACCGAGCCCUCCCCACGACCUCCGGCCCGAUCCCCACCCUCUGCCCCCGGACACCCUGCACCACCACCCCUACAAGUACCCCACUGCCUAUGAACACUACUUAGGAGCCAAGACCAGGCCUUCGCCGUACCCUUUACCGAGCAUAAGAGGACACACAUACCAUCACCACAUGAACCCCGCCACAACUAACAUGUACUCAGCAACCAGCGGCCCCUCUAACUACGACUACGGGCCCAGAUAAUGACCGCUGUCCAUCAAGGAUAAUGGCGCGCAGCACUGUGGGAAAACUAGCGGGCAAGGAACGGCGACGCGGUUCAUUCUGUUGAUGGUUCCUGCAACACGUGGGGUUUAAUCAGAGGCUGAGACUCCCCUCUGCUGGAUAAAUCCUGUCAUAUUUAUUUAAAAGGAAAUGCAUCUAAGCAGGGACACCUGUUCUAAGCCCUCAAACGGCUCUGCGUUGACCUUUGAACUGAAACGGGAAGAGCUCCUACUCGGGCAGCGCAGAUGUUAAGCCACCAGCCUGAGGAAAAAGGAGGAGCCUUUCCUCAACACGGACAACACUUCUGUUCACAGACUGGAAAUGAUUCAUUUUGUCGUUGUUGUUUUUUUUUCUUUUUGAUGCACUUUUUUGAUUUGCCUUGUUUUUAUUGCUUUAAAAAAAGCCAUACGUUAUAUAGUCCCAUCAACCUUCUAGGUUAGUAGACGAGAUGUUUGCAUAUUGAGCUCAUCAGAGAAGAUGUCAAAAUACAUCGAAAUGUUUUUUUUUUUUUUUGUUUUUUUUGCUUAAGGAAAAGAAAAAAAUAUUUGAAAAUUUCUGAACAUCUCGAGCCGCUCUGAGUAGCUUGUACCAUGGCACUGACUUGCAGCAAUUUUAAGUAAAUAAAAACAAAGCAGGAAGAAUCUUCUGUAUCUGUAAAAAAAUGACCAUUAAAUCUCUGUGAAAAU